AGCUGUCAGUUACGGGGCGCCCGGCGGGGGGCGGAUUCUCGCCGGCUACCUAGUCUCUCGCUGGCGCGGCUCCCUUUCACCGCCUGUGGGGAAGUCCGGGCCGCUCCAGCGGUCACCGCUACAGUCUCGCCCAGACCUCCUCCUUUAGUCCUCUCCUGGCUCAGUCCCCUCCUCCUGCGCACCCUUGAGUAGUCUGUGGCCCGGCGGCGUUGGGUCCGGAGAGUCACUGCAGCGGCGCCGGUGGUGUUUAAACCAUGUUUAGGAGGAUUUUGCAGAGGACUCCUGGGAGAGUUGGCUCUCAAGGUUCUGACUUAGAUUCUUCAGCAACUCCUGUUAACACAGUGGAUGUCAAUAAUGAAAGCUCUUCAGAGGGUUUCAUCUGUCCGUUAUGUAUGAAAAGAUGUAUAACUGCUGUUGAUUUGUCGGAGCAUUACCAGAAAGUACACGCUGAAAAUGAAACAAGAGGACAGGAACUUCUUAAUGACUCCAGUGCUACUGGUUUCAUAUGUCCCCAGUGUAUGAAAUCUCUUGGAUCUGCUGAUGAACUUUUCAAACACUAUGAGGCAGUUCAUGAUGCUGGUAAUGAUUCAGGUCAUGGAGGGGAGGCUAAUCUUUCUCUGAAGCGAGAUGAUGUAACACUACUUAGACAAGAGGUCCAAGACCUACAGGCUUCACUUAAGGAAGAAAAAUGGUAUUCAGAAGAAUUAAAAAAAGAAUUAGAAAAAUUUCAAGGGCUGCAGCAGCAAGAGUCUAAACCUGAUGGAUUGGUGGCUGAUUCAUCAGCAGAACUUCACUCUUUGGAGAGACAGUUAGAUGAAGCCCAAACAGAAAAUUUUAAUAUUAAGCAAAUGAAAGACUUAUUUGAGCAGAAAGCAGCACAACUUGCUACUGAAAUUGCAGAUAUAAAGUCAAAAUAUGAUGAAGAAAGGAGUCUUCGAGAAGCUGCUGAGCAAAAAGUGUCACAUUUGACAGAAGAAUUAAAUAAAGAGUCAACUAUAAUUCAAGAUCUGAAAACUGAACUGCUUCAGAGACCUGGUAUAGAAGAUGUUGCUGUGUUAAAGAAAGAACUAGUUCAAGUUCAAACACUAAUGGAUAACAUGACCUUGGAACGUGAGAGAGAAUCUGAAAAACUCAAAGAUGAGUGCAAAAAGUUACAAGCAGAUUAUGCUAACUCAGAGAUGCUUAAACUUGAGGCCACAAUAAGCCAGCUAAGGUGUGAACUGGCCAAAGGUCCCCAAGAAGUUGCUGUAUAUGUGCAAGAACUACAAAACCUUAAAAGUUCUGUUAAUGAAUUAACGCAAAAAAAUCAGAACCUGACUGAAAAGUUGCUGAAGAAAGAACUUGACUAUACCCAGCUAGAAGAGAAAUAUAGUGAUGAAUGUGUGAGUAAAAAGAAUAUACAAGCAAGUCUCCAUCAAAAAGACCUAGAUUGUCAACAGCUUCAGUCAAGAUUAUCUGCAUCUGAAACCUCACUGCAGAGAGUACAGGCAGAAUUAGGUGAAAAGGGAGAAGCUACUCAAAAGCUCAAAGAAGAAUUAUCAGAAGUAGAGACCAAGUACCAGCAUCUUAAGGCAGAGUUUAAACAACUACAGCAACAGAGAGAAGAAAAGGAACAGCAUGGGUUACAACUCCAAAGUGAAAUUAAUCAGUUACAUGGCAAACUUCUGGAGACCGAGCGGCAACUGGGUGAAGCUCAUGGCAGGCUGAAGGAACAAAGGCAGCUUUCCAGUGAAAAGUUGCUGGAUAAAGAACAGCAAGUAGCUGAUUUACAGCUUAAACUUUCUCGUUUAGAAGAACAGUUGAAAGAAAAAGUAACAAAUUCCACAGAACUGCAGCAUCAGUUAGAGAAAACAAAGCAACAGCAUCAAGAACAGCAAGCCCUUCAGCAAAACACUACAGCAAAACUCCGAGAAGCUCAGAAUGAUUUGGAACAAGUACUACGCCAAAUUGGCGAUAAGGACCAAAAGAUCCAGAACCUUGAAGCCUUAUUACAGAAGAGUAAAGAAAAUAUUUCCUUACUAGAAAAGGAAAGAGAAGAUCUUUAUGCAAAAAUUCAGGCUGGUGAAGGGGAGACUGCUGUUCUUAACCAGUUACAAGAAAAAAACCAUAUAUUACAGGAACAAGUAACGCAACUAACAGAGAAGCUGAAGAAUCAGUCAGAAAGCCAUAAACAAGCCCAGGAGGAUUUGCAUGACCAGGUGCAAGAGCAGAAGGCACAUCUUAGAGCUGCACAAGAUCGUGUCCUUUCUCUAGAAACCAGUGUCAAUGAAUUAAAUAGUCAAUUAAAUGAAAGCAAGGAGAAGGUCUCUCAGCUUGACAUACAGAUUAAAGCCAAAACUGAAUUAUUGCUAUCAGCAGAAGCAGCAAAAAUUGCUCAAAGAGCAGAUCUUCAAAAUCAUUUGGACACAGCCCAAAAUGCAUUACAAGAUAAACAGCAGGAGUUAAAUAAGAUCACUACUCAGUUGGAUCAGGUCACUACAAAGUUGCAGGAUAAGCAAGAGCAUUGCAGUCAGCUGGAAAGUCAUCUUAAAGAAUAUAAAGAGAAACACUUGUCUUUAGAACAGAAAACUGAAGAAUUAGAAGGUCAAAUUAAGAAACUGGAAGCUGAUAUUCUUGAAGUUAAAGCAAGCAAGGAGCAAGCUUCGCAGGAGCUACAACAGCAAAGACAGCUGAACACAGAUUUAGAACUUAGAGCCACAGAAUUGACUAAGCAACUGGAAAUGGAGAAAGAAAUAGUAUCCAGUACAAAAUUGGACCUACAGAAAAAAUCUGAAGCCCUUGAAAAUAUUAAGCAAAUGCUUACUAGGCAAGAGGAAGAAAAAGUAAUUCUUAAGAAAGAAAUUGAAAAUUUGAGUCAAGAUGCAAAGAUGCAGCACAAGGAAUUGAGUAACAAAUUUCAAACAGCAGUAACAGAACUACAAAAAGUGAAGAUGGAGAAAGAAACUCUAAUGGUAGAGCUUUCUGAAACAAAAGAGAAAUUAUCAAAAGUUUCUGAUACUUUGAAGAAUUCCAAAAGUGAAUUUGAAAAGGAAAAUCAGAAAGGAAUGGCUGCUAUAUCAGAUUUGGAAAAAACUUGCAAAGAAUUAAAGCAUCAAUUUCAAGUCCAGAUGGAAAGCACACUUAAGGAACAGAAUGAACUGAAAAAGUCACUUGAAAAAGAAAAAGAGACUUCUCAUCAGUUGAAGUUGGAACUCAAUUCAAUGCAGGGACAACUCACACAGGUCCAGAAUAAUUUAAAACAAAAGGAAAAAGAAGAACAGCAACUUCAGGAGAGCAUAAAUGAGCUAAAGCAAUUGACUGAACAGAAGAAAAAGCAAAUUGAAGCACUCCAAGGAGAAGUUAAAAUUGCUAUUUCACAAAAGACAGAGCUUGAGAAAAAACUACAGCAGCAGUCAAGCCAAGCAGUGCAGGAACUUGCAGCAGAGAAGGAGAAAAUGUCUGUGUUACAAAACACCUAUGAAAAAAGUCAGGAAAAUCUAAAACAGCUUCAGUCUGAUUUCUAUGGAAAGGAAUCUGAACUUCUUGCCACAAGGCAAGAUCUUAAGUCCAUAGAAGAGAAGCUUUCUCUAGCACAGGAGGACUUGAUUUCAAACAGAAAUCAGAUUGGAAACCAAAAUAAAUUGAUUCAAGAACUAAAGACUGCCAAGGCAACUUUGGAGCAGGAUAUCGCAAAGAAAGAACAGCAAUUAAAGGAGCAGUGCGCAGCACUGCAAGAUACUCAGAGAGAAAAGUCACUGAAAGAAAAAGAACUAGUAAAUGAAAAAUCUAAAUUGGCAGAAAUAGAAGAAAUUAAGUGUAGACAAGAAAAAGAAAUUUCUAAACUGAGUGAAGAACUCAAGUUCCAUAAGCAAGAAAGCAUAAAGGAGUUAACAAAUCUCAAGGAAGCCAAACAGCUUCUGAUUCAGCAGAAAUUAGAGCUUCAAGGGAAAGUAGAUUCCCUGAAGGCAACCGUUGAACAGGAGAAGAGGAAUCAGCAAAUGCUAAAAGAACAGGUGAAAAAGGAAGAAGAUGAGCUGAAGAAACAAUUUAUUGAGAAGGAAGCUAAAUUGCAUUCUGAAAUAAAAGAAAAAGAAGUAGAAAUGAAGAAGAAUGAAGAAAAUGAAGCUAAGCUUACCAUGCAGAUCACAGCGUUAAAUGAAAAUCUGGGCACGGUGAAGAAGGAGUGGCAGUCCAGUCAGCGGAGAGUCAGUGAGCUGGAGAAGCAGACAGACGACCUGCGGGGUGAAAUCGCGGUGCUGGAGGCGACGGUUCAGAACAACCAAGAUGAGAGGAGAGCACUGCUAGAACGAUGUCUUAAAGGAGAAGGUGAAAUAGAAAAGCUUCAAACCAAAGUACUAGACGUGCAAAGAAAGCUGGAUAAUACAACCGCCGCAGUGCAGGAGCUGGGCAGAGAAAAUCAGUCCCUUCAAAUCAAACAUACGCAAGCAUUGAAUAGAAAGUGGGCUGAAGACAAUGAAGUACAAAACUGUAUGGCCUGUGGGAAAGGCUUCUCAGUGACAGUGAGACGGCAUCACUGCAGACACUGUGGAAAUAUCUUCUGUGCUGAGUGUUCAGCCAAAAAUGCCUUAACUCCUUCUUCCAAGAAGCCUGUUCGUGUCUGUGAUGCAUGUUUCAAUGACUUGCAGGGGUAAUGGGUUAUCGCAAACUUCAGAGUAAUAUUACACUAACAUUAGAUUUUUAAUAAAUGUACUUAAUAGAGGUCUUGGACUACUAUUUGAUUUGGACAGUGGUUGCAAUACUAAACCAAAUUAGAAUUCAUAUAUUUUGGAAUGCUGUCAAUAGCAAGUAAAACUCUUCUAUUUUUGUGAAACUUGGGCUCAUUGUUCAUUCCUUUUUUCUGUUUAACCCCUGGAACAGCUUUCACACUAAGUUUAGAAUUAGCCAAUGAAAUGUAAAUAAAUUUUGGACAGAAAAUAGCAAUGUAUUUUUUUAAAUAUAAUUUCGUUGUUCACAAAUGACAUGAAUAUACUUCGAUAACUGCUUUCUCCCAAAUUUAGUGAACAGAAAUGUACAUGGAUGAUGUCACGUUAUGUUGCACAAUAACACAUUAAAUAUAUCACAUGUUCUCUGUGUGAAGUCGCGCACAGAACUAUGAAACUUUCUGACUCUUUUUGUAUGUAUAGGUCCAUGCCUUAGUUACACUGUUAUGUUAUAAAUUUACUACUUAAGUGUUCUAAACACAUUUUGUGUUGAAAUAUGUAUUAACCAUGAAUUCAAAAUUGUUUUUGCUUUAACAAUACUUAUAUUAGAGUCUCUUGGGUAGAUUUUAUGAAAACCUGUGUAAAAUUGGUUUGCUUACUUUAUUAUUAUCCUGGGGUUGUAUUGUAAUGAUUAGGGUUAAUAUUUCUUUUUCAUUCUCAUUUUUAAACUCCAAAUUAAUCUCCAGUAAGAACUCUACAAAACUUCCCACCCUCACCCCAUUUGGAAGAUGAAUAAUAGAAAUUGUCUAAUGGUCCUAUUCUCAAUUUCUUGUAAAUGGAAAAUUUUCUGAGAUUAGCCUUUCUAUUAUUCCCUCAUUUUGUCUCUCCAGCAUCUUCAGGAAUGAUUUUGCUUUUUCAGUGGAUCUGCUUUUCAUCUUUAUUUGGUUUAAUCUUCUCAAGUAUAGUUCAGUUUCACUGUAAUUGUUAUAUCAUUUUUGCAUCUUAAAGUCAGUAACUGAUGUUGCCAGAGUCUUGUUAUAUUUGUGAAAACAAACUGCAAAAUGAUAAGGUGACAUUAAAUAUUCUACUUUGUAUUUUCUUCUUACCUAAUAGGGAAGAAUUUUUUAAAAUUGUGAACUUAAAUUUAAAAUGGUUCUGAAUUUGGGUUCCAUAUUAACUGGGAAAUCUUUUUACUUUGCAAAAAUAAUGCUGUGAAAUUACCUUGAAGUAAUGGCUUGAGAAUAGUUUCACUAGAAACCAAUAUAUUUAGGAAUCCCAAAGUUGCAAUCAGAAAUGAAACAGAACAGCCAAUUAAGGAUAAUUAAAAAUUAGCUUAUUUGUAUGCUGAACAAUCAAAUUGAACUUUAAAUUAUCAUAGCCUUAUUAAUUUGGAAAAUUGGAAAACAUCUGAAGAGAGAAGUCAUUAAUGUUGGUUUAUUACUCUCUAGAGAAGAAACGUAAAGUUAUCCAUUUUUUUAGUGCAAUUAUUUGGUAGUAAUAUCAGGAAAGGAAGGCAGUUAAUAUUCCAUUUACAAUAAAUAGUGUAUAGUAUACACUUGCUUUCAAAUAUCAUGCUGAAAUGAAAUGUUUAUACUAUACUUAGUACAUAUAUAUAUAAACUUAAAGAGAUUGCCACAUACUCCUUUAAUUAUUUAAAAACCCCAUUUAAGUAAACCCUAUUGUUAGUAUCUAUUAAGGACCCCGACUGAAGCCCUGGACUUGGAUAAAUGCAUAACAUUUAGCACAUAUAAUGAAGAAAACUGAUGACUCUUCAUUAAAAAUAAUACUUGGGUAAUAUAAAUUGAGCUAAAAUUAUUUAUUUAUUUUCAAAUACUUCUGUCAAAUAACCUUAAUUCUGUACUUUCACAAAUAAGGGAUUUAAUAAAUGUGUUAGAAAAAAUAGUCACAGCACCACUAUUUAUUCUUUAAGAUAAUAAAAUUUCAUGAGAAUUAUGCUGGGUUAGAAUAUUUGUUAACUCCAUCCCCUAAUUGUGUACACUAAAGGCCUUUUCCUGUAUUCCCCUAUCCACAAUAUUCACCCCCCCCCCCCAAAAAAAAAAUUGUAAGGACAACAAAUACAACUGUACCUGAGUGAUUCUGUAGUUUUCAUCUAGUUAAUGUCAUUUCAUAGGUCCUGAGUAAUUUACUGUAGGCUGUUGUACUAAUAAUAAUAGAAAUGAAACCUAAUAUUUUUGUUGUUAUUUUAGGUGUUUGGAAACAAAAAUGAAAGGGGUUUCUCUUUUUUUUAAUUGAAAAAGUCAUCUCCCAUCCAAGUACUAACCAGGCCCGAUCCUGCUUAGCUUCUGAGACUAGACAGUAUCAGGUGUGUUCAGGGUGGAAGGCUGCAGACAAAAGUCAUCUUCUCAGUCCUUAUCAGCUCUACGGUUCAGAUGUCUGCUGGUUCUAUUCGUUAGUGAGUUAGGUGUGUGUGGAGUCUCAGCUCUCGGCUCUAAUGCAAAACCUACUAGCAUCGCAUGUUAGUGAAUUCCAAACCCCAGCACAGAAAUGUGAGCUGAAAUCAAGUCUUGCUGGGUUAGGGGAUAGUGAACUGUACCUAUGGAAUUUUUUUUAAUAGAAAGUAGACAAAGCUGCUGGUAUGGGAUUUGUUCAUUUUGAAGAAAAACAAGGGAAACAAACACAAAAACCUCAAAGCAGUGUACAAAUAACCUUUUGUUCAACUACCUCUUAAUGUGGAAUAGGCUAGUUUCAUAGUUUCCUCACAGUAGUGUUAAAUAGUAACUGCCAAAUUUGUUAGUGUCCCAUUUCUCUUUAAAAAGGCUUUAUGAUUAUUUUAUAGUUUUGAGAACUUCAAAUCCACUUUUUUUAAACCUUGCAUUUGCAUAAAAAUAUUCAGCUUUUAAGUGGAGAGCAAAUUAUGAUCAUAUAUUUUGAUAUUCAUGAUCUAUUUGACUAUAGCAAUUUUUUUUAAUGCACUUUGGCUAUAAAACCAUGGAUGACUUGAUCUAUAAGAUUUAAAUGUGCCGUCAAUUUAGUUUUCCUAGACAUGAGCGUGAUGAAUGCUAUUCUGUAAUUACAAUGUGCCACACAUUAGCGUGUCUUAAUUGCCCUUCGCCUGAAUUUCAAUGAUCAAUUUGUUAUUGUUACAGAUGUGAAUAUUGUGCAUAAACUUACAAAAUUUAUGUAAAACUGUGUAAAAUAGAGCUAAGUUCUUCCAGUGUAGGAGUAAUGGAUUCACUGUAACACGAUGCAGUAGUGUCCAUGACAUUCUGUACUUCUUUGAACUGGAUCACGUAUCAUAUCUUAUGUAGAUACUUUCGCAUGAGGAUUUCCUUGUUUAGUUUUUGGAUUCAUUAUUUGUAUUGUGUUUACUACUUGUGAUCAUGUUGUUGUGCCUUAUUUUGUGAGAGAGUUUAGCUCAGUAAAUACUGUAAUUUCUAAACUCAGUGAUUGGAAGGUUAUUGAUUCUAAAUGUAACUGAUGACAGCAUUUAAAUCUGUAUAAAGAUCAAUGGAAGGAUCCU